AUGAAGGCCUAUUGGUAUGAUAAUCUGGCUGGCGACCAGCGUCUAGCGCACGACUCGGGCAAAGAGGUGACGGUCGAACAGCUGAAGAAGCUUGGCGUUUACUACCAUCAGAUCCCCAACAUUGAUGGCGUCAACAAACUCGCGUUGGACCGAGGAUAUAGGAACAGGGAUGAGAUUAUUGUUUCGCCGGAGAAGAUGGGCGAUGUCUACGAAGAGAAAGUCAAGUCCUUCUUCCAUGAGCACCUACACGAGGACGAGGAAAUCCGCUAUGUUCGCGAUGGUCACGGGUUCUUUGACGUCAGGAGUGCGGACGAUCAAUGGGUUCGAAUUCGUGUCGAGAAGUAUAUCAAGGCAAUGAGGCUUUUCAAGGAUGAGCCCAAGUGGACACCAUUGAAUCGCACAUCAGACCUUGAUGUGAACCCGCACAGGGAAGAGUAUGUCCAGCAAUAUCUUCAAAGCAGUUUGCCGGCAUAG